AUGCAUGUAACUUUGUCCAAACUGAUAGGGUUCAUUUUUGUGACUCACCUUAUUAGUCCCUGUAAGAGUGUGAAGAGAAGUAGCCACAGAAGAGAAGCUCUCGUUUUCUUCAUCCCGCGGAGUGAUUUCUUUUACCGAAGGAAUGGUUUUCUUGGAGGGAGGAAAGCGAGUUGGAGUAAUGGUGGGAAGAGGAAGGGAGGAAGCUUCGCUGUGAAUGACUCGAGGGGGGUUCUGCCCGAGGGCGGUGACCCUAAUGACGCGGGUGCCGCGUCGGUCGUGAAUACGAUCAAUACGGUCAAUACGGUCAAUACGAUCAAUACGGUCAAUACGAUCAAUAUGGACAAUACGGCCAAUAUGGCCAAUACGGCCAAUACCGCCAAUAUCGACAGUACCGCCCUGCGGGAGGAGUACCUUGCGAGGAUGCUGAGCGAGGGGGACACGAUAUACGCGCUGAGCUCGGGCAGGGACGUGAGCGCGAUAGCGGUGGUGCGUAUGUCAGGCCCCCUGAGCAGGAUCGUGCUGGAGGUGCUGUUGCAUGGGGGGAGAAGCGCUCAGAGGAGUAGUCAAAUAGGCGGUGAGGGGAGCCGUCAGAUAGACGGUGAGCGGAGCAGUCAUAUAGACGGUGAGCAGACCAGUCAUAUAGACGGUGAGCAGACCAGUCAUAUAGACGGUGAGCAGACCAGUCAGCCAUGUGGCGAGCCAAAUGGGGAACCCCCCCCGGACAGUCGCGCGAGGAAGAAAAAAACAGACUACACCCUCGACGAAGUAAUAAAGAUAAGGAAACACCUCGAAGAGGGGAAAAUGUAUUACGGAGAAAUAUACAGCAACUGCUACGAACCGAUAGAUCACAUAAUGUAUACCUUUUUUAAGAGUCCCAAAUCGUACACAGGAGAGGAUGUCGUCGAGAUAUACUGUCAUGGAUCUCCUCUAAUUGUCACUGAAAUUAUGGACGAGAUGGAGAAAUUAAAUGCCCUUUUUAGCAAUUUAUUGAAAUGUGAAAAAGAAAAGUACUAUAUGGAAAAUGAUAAAAAAGAAAAUUUCACCUGCACAUGUUCAGAAGAAAUUUGGAACAAAUUAUUAACCCCAAGAAAUGAUGUUUUUUUUAACAAAAUAAGGAUGAGUAUGAAAGGGGAAUUCACCAGAAGAUCCUUCUUAAAUGAGAAAAUGAAUUUACUCCAGGUGGAAGGAUUGAAGGAGUUACUUUGGUGCAAAAAUAGGGAACAGAAAAAAGUUGCGUUGAAUUAUUUGAACGGACAGGCAAGAAAGGUCUACUUGACGUUGCGAAACAAUAUGAGGAAGCUUCUCCUCUACGCACAGGUGAAAAUCGAUCUGGAGGAUGAGCACUUAUCCUCUGACGAGGAGAGAAGCAACAUCAACAAAUUCGUGAAGCACCAUCUGAACGAGGCAAUUGAAAGCAUUAGGAAAAUUCUGAUGAAGCCAAAUGUGGAAGACUUAAGUAACCCCCUUGAUGUGCUUCUCUUCGGGCAGGUGAAUUCGGGGAAGAGCACCUUAAUGAAUCGUAUUUGUCGUAGUGACGUCUCCAUCGUGACGAGGAUUCAGGGGAGCACCAUUGACGUGGUGCAGAAGGGAGUCAGCGUUGGGGGGAGAUCCUACAAUUUUUGCGACUCGGCGGGGGUUAGCGCGGAUGUCCUCAGAGAGGAGUUCCUACCUAGGGACCAUCCCAGUGUGGACGCCCCGUUUGGAGAGAACACCCCGCACAGGGCACUCGAACGCAUGGGCGUGAAGAAGACGCUCAAAUAUCUGCGAAAAAGCACAUGCGUGCUGAUCGUACUGAACGUGAGGAAAUAUGCCGAGGAGUUAAAACUUGCCCUUUCCAUUUUGGACAGCAGAUUUAAAGUUAGACGGAGGAGAUUCGGCACGGGAGAGGAAACCCUUCUACCCCAAUUCAUCAUCUGCGUGAACAAGUGCGAUUUAGCCAUUCAUGAAACGCACGCGGACGUGAGGAGGAACAUAAAGGAUAUCCUAAAAAGGGAGUUGCAAAAUGGCCUUUUGCGAAGCAUUUAUCGAAAUGUGUGGAAGACCAUUUUUUUCGUUUCGUCCAAGGAGGGGCACAACGUGGACGCGCUGUUGAGGGGCCUCAACGAGGUGAUGGACACGCGGUGUGGAAGCGGGCAUGGGAGAGAGUACGCAGGAGAGCAGCGAGGAGCCCACCAAGGAGACCACAAAGAACACCACCAAGGAGACCACAAAGAACACUACCGGGGAGACCACCAAGGAUACCGCGAAGGAUACCACGAAGGGGCGCGUGAAAAACAGCUUGGCCACCCUUCCACGUGGCAGACAUCGCACCCAGUUAACUUGAACUGCCCCGCGUUUCUCCCAUUCGAGAGACACAAGACCCACCUGCGGCGGGCAUUGAAGCACCUGCUGUUUAUAAAGCGGCACCGCCAUCUCCUAACAUUUGAUAUCAUCGCGGAGGAAAUAAAGCUAGCUGUUGCGGCUCUCAAUGGAAUCAUUGGUCGCUUUAGCCAGACGCGAAUACUAAAUGAAAUUCUGGAUUCGUUUUGCGUGGGGAAGUAG